AAAGCAUUCAAUCCAUUAGCCCCUCAAACCGAGUUGUGCAAGGGAAGCAGACGAUGAAUCUUGUUGCUCUGGUGCUCCUGAUAUUACACAUUUUCAUUGUUUCAUGGGUAGAUGCAGGCACAGUCGUUUUGAUGAAUUCCAACAUCACUCAGUCUUUCGAAGACAAGGAAGGUGAUUUCUCUCCAUCAGAAGAGGCUACGGUAGAAACCGGAGUCCUUUACGUGGCUGAUCCUCUUGACGCUUGCCAAAAGUUGAGGAAUAAACCGAAGCAGAGCACUAACGGUACUUUCCCUUUCGUGUUGAUCAUGAAAGGAGGCUGCAGUUUUGAGCACAAAGUCAGAAACGCUCAGGAAACCGGUUUCAAAGCUGCCAUUGUCCAUGACGAUGUGGACCGCGACUUCUUAUUAGCUAUGGAAGGAGACGAGUAUGGUAUAAACAUUCAAGCGGUUUUUGUGGCGAAAGCAGCAGGAGAAACACUCAAGAAAUACGCUGGCAUGGCAGAAACAAGAGUCAUGCUGGUCCCUAGUUUAGAGGACUCCGGGUUGUCGUUGUUCGCGACCACAGCAUUGGUUGUAUCGUUGGGCAUGUUUGUUGUUCUGACCACUUGUAUUUACAUCUGUAGACGUUGUACAUCACCUAUAACUGAUGCAUCCCAGUUCCAUGGAAUGAGCAGUAGAACGGUAAAAGCAAUGCCGAGUGUUACAUUCACUUCUGUGCGCGGAUACAUCACAACAGCUCUGUCUUGCGCUAUCUGCCUCGAAGACUACAGUGUUGGGGAGAAGCUCAGGGUCUUACCUUGCUGUCACAAGUUUCAUGCCACUUGUGUAGACGUGUGGCUUACAUCAUGGAGAACGUUUUGCCCAGUGUGUAAACAGGAUGCAAGAAUAAGCACGGACGAGCCAUCAGCUUCAGAGAGCACACCGCUCCUUGCAGGAUCAUCUUUAGUGCAUAUAGACCCUCCUGUGGGAUCCUCACUUUUGCCCACGAGCUCGUCCUACAGUCAGCUAUCUUUCAGGUCUUCUUCCGUUCAUGUCAGCCAUAUAUCUGCGGAUUUCAGGCAACAAGCAGCCUCCCCGUUGCGGUCUUCAACGCAGAGAUCAUACAUCACCUGUAUAGGCUCGUUGGACUCACCGUUUUACUCGAACAUAGCAUCUCUCAACGAGAUGAUGCUACCAUAUCAGACUAGCCCACGCAAUGCGUCCCCUGGGUUUGUCCAAUCAACAAGUCAUCAGUUCAACUCUUCGCUCUCCAGGGCAUCAGAAGGUUCAUCAUCUCAUUUCGCCUCUGCACACUCGCUUGAAGAAUGUUAGACCAAAGAUUCGAGCAGACACCAUGGACUCUCUAGGUCCGGUUUGGUUCAUCUAGGAUUCUUUUGCUUUUAAUGUUCUGUCU